UAUCUAACUACCCAACCCUGCUAGCACCUGGUAAUACCAGAUGAACAACAAGUAAUAACUUUCCCCGCUUUUUUCAUGUAUUUUCAACAUUUUAUUUUAAACAAAUUUUUCAUUUUCAACAAAUUGACAAUUUUGAAUCUAUACACACUCGAUAUCGACGGAUAAAUUUGUUUUCAUUUUGUAAUGAAGUGUGUGUGACAUAAAUUUCUUUGUGGCGGUAAAUAAUCGUGAAUUUAAGGUUAGGUUCGUCAACAAAUUUAUUACGUUGCAUUUCACUUUUUGAAUUAUUAUUUUAAAAAAUAAAGCAAAAUGAGAAAUCACAAAACAGAGCGAAUAGCACGUAAACCAAUUCAUUGUUUAUCAAUGCGACAAAGACGAAGAAUACGACAGGAAGUGAAACUGAUUCAAGAAUCUGCUACUGUUGAAAAUAAAAGAAAUCAAAGUGGAAAUUCAAUUACACAAGGAGAAAAUAAUAUUUCUGUAAAUUCACCAAAUAUCAUUUAUGUUCAAAGUGAACAACGUGUACCUCAAUUUGUACAACAAUCAACAAAUUCAUUUUCAACAAUUCAAGAUAAUGUUGAUCCUCUACUAACAGUGUCAACAAUUUCUGAUAAUUUGGUAUUACCAAUUACUUUUCUUCCUGGUCCUUCUGGUUAUGAAGCAUCCAAUGAAAAUGGAUUGUCUUCCACACUUAAAAUAGAACCAUUCACAGAAAAUAAUCAACAAACUUCAUUUAAUCAUCAAGAUAAUAAUUCUGAUAUUCUAUUAGAAUUAAGGAAAUUGAAUGCAAAAUUGGACACCUAUAAUAAUAAUUUUCGUGAAAUUAAUUCUCGCCUUGAAACAAUUGAAAUGCAUUUGAAACAAGAAAAAAAUAAAGGACAAGCACCACCAAAACCAAGUAUUAUUCCCAUGCAAACAGUUAAGGAAGUUAUAGAAUUUGACAAAGCAAGCGAUGAUGUUUACAAUGGAUUAGUCCGUUAUUUAAAAUACAUUGGAGGUUUUACGCUACGAGAAGCAUUAAAUCUUUGCAUGAAGGAAGUUUUAACAAAUGAUGUUGCCAAUAAUUUUACAUGGCAUGGAAAAGAUACUGGUCAUGCACAAGUUGGAGUUGCAUUAUACAGUAGACAAAUAACAAAUGCAUUUUAUGAAGCAGUUUCACAGAGUCAGCAUUUUGAACAACCCACGAGAGCAAUGUUCGCAUCACAAAUGCGAGAAGUUCUUCGUAUCGCAAAACAGCGACUCCGAAAUUCCCUUCGCAAACAACAAGUACAACAAAACUUCGAUGGUGAUAGAGAUGACGAUCCCUGGGAAUAAGAAAUCUUUAUAAAAAAAAAGAACACUUGUAAAAUAUUUGUAAAUAUUUUAUGAUAAAAGAAACAAGAAAUUUAAGUUUAUAUUUAUAAAAAAAGAAA